CCCAAGCCGACAGCAAAGAUAGCCAGCACGACCAUGAUGGACGCAACGGAUUCCCCGAGUGACUGUUCCGGCAACAAUCGACCGAACAAGAGGCUCCGCACCGGGAGUGCCGAGACACCUCCAGAUGCGGCCGUCGAAGGCUCGUCUGUGUCCGGUACGGCCACGGCUCAGAGCCAGAGUUCCCGCAGAACCCAGCCCCGGGACCAGGGCCAUCGCCAGCGGACGCGUGCUGCCAUGGCCUGCGUCGUGUGCCGUGGCAGGAAGACCAAAUGCGAUGGUCGUCGGCCGUUGUGUGGCUACUGCCAGCGCACGAGGUCUGAUUGCCGAUACGACAUUGCCGACGUGCCCCCCGACUUGACAAUGUACGUUUCAACCAGACUCACCAGACUUUCCUCGGUUCUCCCUUCUCCCCAUCUCUUUGCCUCCUCGGAAGGCCUCGACAGUGUUAUUGGGUGGCAUGUAUUUCCUCCUGGCAUCAGAAAGGUCCGGGUGGAUAAUGGGAUACCUGUCCCAAUGCCAGACGAGCUCCCCCCGAUCACUUUCCAGCAGCUCAACAGACUACAGAAGAACUAUCGUCGCGUGGUUCACAACAUGAACCCAAUGCUUGACCUUGACACCCUUGAUGGAUAUGUUACCCAUGUGUCCGAAAACGGGUUUGAUUCAACAACCCGCACCUGUCUCGUCGCCCUCGUCUGCGCAAUCGGUGCAUUGUGCCAGGAGGCCACGACCAGUAUGGAGAUACCAAGCCGCCUCCCCAUAGCGGAACGCAACCACGAUUUUGAUAUCGCCUACCGGUUUUGGAGCGUUGCAUCAAAGAGACUAGGGCGCGCUAUGAGCCAGAACACACUCGAGUCGGCCCAAUGUCUGUGCCUGGCAGGGAUCUGGUUCAUGUGUAAUCUGCAACUGCUCGAUGCUUGGAAGCAUUUCACCAUGUCAGGGAACUGCUGCUACGCUGCCAUCUUGGCCAGGACAUCCAUGGCACCUGUCGACCCUCAGUUUGUGUCCCCAAUCUCCCAGGCUAUUGAGCAGAGUAUCUUCUACACGGCGUACAAAUCAGAACUGUAUAUUCGCUACGAACUGGCAAUACCUGGCUCCGUGCUCGAGCACAUUGAGGACCAGCUUGUCUUCCCCUCACCGCCGAUGCUCAGCGAAACACAGCUAGAAGAACCUCAUGAAGACGCCACCACUUGGUACUAUUAUCUCAGCGAUAUAGCAGCCCGGCACCUCAUCAACCGCAUCAUCAACGCCGGAUUCAGGGUCAAAGGAUGCCCCACCGAAGCUCAAGCUCAGGUCUCGCUCCGUGACUACAAGAUAUUCAGUUCGCAACUCGAGGACUGGUAUGAAUCACUUCCACAAGAGAUUUCAUUUGAUUCUCCUGAUUCUAGCAUUGCGCCCGAGUCUAACCCGUUCAAGUUGGUUAUGCGCUCUCGUUAUCUGUUCAUCAGCGAGCUCUUAUGCCGACCAUUCGUGCGUAUCUGCCUGAAUUAUUUUCUAGAUUUUCCCGAAGAGUUGAUUGCCGAGGUUACAUCCAGAGCGUCUCUGGGCCUGCAAUUCUGUACUUGGAGGCUACAGUCAGCAGGGAAACCAACCAGACUCGGUCACGGCAUGUGGACAGGGAUUAGGAACAAUACAGCGAACGCUAUGAUCCUGAUUGGAGCCUCGCGGAGGGAUCAGCACUCGACGCUCAAUGUUGCCUCCCGACUCUGGGUGCCUGAAAACUGGCGCCCCGUUGUUGAGACAUUCUUGGACGGCUUGGAGAUCCUUUCAGAGGAAACAAGAGGUGGUGUAAAGGACUGCUACGACCUGAUACGCUGGGGCCUCGACGGCUUUGAGGAUAAGGGCAGCUCGUAG